AUGAGUACCAAUAAUAGUCAAAUUGGUAAUACACCAGCAGAGUCAAUCAUUAACAACACUGAUAAUGAAGCCAACAUCGAUCAACUAUUAUCUGUCGAAAUUGUGAUUACAAGCCAGUCAUCAAUACAACUCAAUAUGACGAAUAUGAUUCCGAGUCAAACUCCAAUUAUUCCUAAUCCAACGCCAAAUAUACCUAAUCUUCAGGAAGAUGAAUUUCGAAGAAGAACACGCGAAGCUCGACGGAGACGUCGUCAACGACGGUCUGAACGACGACGACAGCAGCGAGCAACACGACGACAGCAAAACAAUCAACAACGGCGACGCCGACGACGACAAAGUACAGAACAACAAUAUGAGCAGCGGUCACCCUACGUAUAUCAAAGUCGAUGGGAACGACUAGAAUCACGAGAACGUUACUAUGAUAUGUGGGGAAGCGAUUCAUUCGAAGACUUCAUGGAUGCAAUAUUCAUCGAGCCAUUGUUAGAACAAUAUGACUUAGAAACCAUGGAUCCAAGACAACGUCGAGACCAAGAACAUAUAAAUGUAUUGGAAGGGAUGGCAGCUUUAGAACAAUUGGCCUUGAUACAAGAUGAACUUGAACAAUCAAAACAGAUCAACGAAGUCGAACAAUGGCAAGACGAAAAACAAAAGCAAAUGCACGCACUCACAAUUUGCGAACAAAAACAAUUAAACGAUUUUGAAAGAAUUCCAGGACCAGAACAAGAUGAACUAUUACAGGACCAGAUGGAACAAUUGCAACAAAUCGCUACAGUCGAAAAAUGGCAAGAAGAAAUACUGCAGCGCAUAGACUUAAUCGAUCAAAUUGAACAAGAACAAUUGUACCAAUUCGAAAGGACUCCUACACCACCUCCAUAUGAUAACAGAUGGGAUCAAAAAUACCACCACUAA